CCACUAAAUGUCUUUUUCGUCACCUUCCAGAAAACGAUUUGAUCGCUCUAAAGCUGUUAUCCCCACUUUUGGAAGUACCACCACAAGAUCAACACUUCGCAAUAAACCUCUUGGUAAAGCAGGAUUAUCAGUGGAGCAAAGGUUGGAAAAUCUCGAGAGAAAUGCUGCUGCCGUUGCUGCUACUGUUGCCAAUGUUGCUGCUACUUCUACUGCUUGCUCUAAUAAUAAUAAACAAAGAACUAUCAUCGAUCCUGCAUUAUCUGUAAGUAUUUAACGCGUCGAUUGAUUUAUUAAAUUUAACUAUUCUCUGAAUAGGCUUUAAUACGCGACAGCUACAAGGACUACAUGAGCAAGAAUAAUAGUCGUGGGUGGUUAUUUGGUUUUAGUUUGUUAUCGAUGGAAAACAUUGCUUUACACGAUCACCUCUUGGAAAAGGUUAGGCUUCAUGACAACUAUUCCGCCCACUUGCCUGAACAUACGCCAUUUAUCGUUGCUAGAAAGAGAUUUGUCAAAGAAAAAAUCAGACAUCAUUAUGAGCAUCUGGCUGACAACGAAAAAAAAAAAACUUGGGAUGAAGACAAGUUAAAGUUAUUAGCCGAAAAUAACCGAAGAAAAUCUCGUAUGCAAACGAAAAUGAGAAGAAGAAAGGCUGCUUUUGCCAGGUACAAGGAUGCGUUUGAACUUAAGUAUGGUCCAGAUUGUGAGGAAUUCGUCGACCGAGCAUAUAUGUCAGAAGAAGAAAACAAUGAACUGGAUGAGUACGGUAAUGCCCUGAAUUUCUUCAACCUUGUGCCUAAAUGGAGAACACCAAAGUUGCAAGAGUUUGUGAAUGAACUGGAUAAACCCAUUCUGGCAAUUAAACCAUCCGCAUGCAAACGCUGCACUCGCACACCCAUACCAGAAGAAACGACCAGUGUCCCUCUGGAUAUCUUGGCCACAUUGCCUAGUUGGGGAGUAGACCCAAAUGUUUUUCUUUAAAUCAUGAAAAAAAUCACAUCAAUAAAAAAAGGAAAGUGACAAAACAUGCUUGGGCAUGGAACCAUACCGCAACCCCAA